AAUAGGGCUGCGGCUGCACACAGCCGGGGCUCCGGGGUCCCCGCGCCCCCGCCCGCCUGGCACGGCCGGGGAGCCGCGCCACCGCCAGCAGGGGCCCCGCGCGGCCGCAUCUCCCGCCGCCCGCGCCCAGGGCCGCAGCUUUCGGGUUUCCGCGCCUCCCGCCGCUCCCUGCCCGGGGGAAGCAGACCCUGAGGCGGCGGCGGCGGCGGCGGCCAGGGCCAUGUGGGACCCGCGGGCAGCUAGGAUGGACCCCACAGCUUACGCCCAGCUGCUGAAAGAGUCUGGCAACCAGGUCCUGAAGAACGGCAACUUCUCCCUGGCCAUCAGAAAGUACGACGAAGCCAUCCAGAUCCUCCUACAGUUAUACCAGUGGGGGGUUCCCCCCAGGGAGCUGGCUGUGCUGCUUUGCAACAAAUCCAAUGCAUUUUAUAGCCUUGGGAAAUGGAAUGAGGCCUUUGUGGCAGCCAAGGAAUGUCUCCAGUGGGAUCCAACCUAUGUGAAGGGAUACUACCGAGCUGGUUACGCCUUGCUGCGUUUGCUCCAACCUUACGAAGCAGCUCGCAUGUUUUUCGAGGGUCUGCGACUUCUGCAAGGCACUCCGGACCAGAUUCAGGUUGCUGAUUUCCUUGUGGGAGUCUUCACCACCAUGGGCAGUGACCCCAUUGUUUUGCAAAGUUUCUUGCCCUGUUUUGAUCAUAUUUUUACUACUGGAUUCUCAACACAAGUGUGGCAAUCUGUAAUAGAAAAGUUGGCAAAGAAAGGAUUAUGGCAUUCAUUCCUACUUCUGUCGGCGAGAAAAGACCGGCUACCAAGAAAUAUCCAGGUCCCAGAGUUAUCACUGAAGAGUCUGUUUGAGAAAUACGUCUUCAUGGGACUUUAUGAGAAGAUGGAACAGGUGCCCAAGUUAGUACAGUGGCUGAUCUGCAUUGGUGCAAGUAUUGAGACGAUAGGACCAUACCCUCUCCACGCCCUCAUGAGACUCUGUAUCCAAGCAAAGGAAAACCAUCUUUUUAGGUGGUUAAUGGACCACAAGCCCGAGUGGAAAGGCCGCAUCAACCAGAAGGACGAGGAUGGCUGCACCGUCCUCCACGUCGUCGCCGCGGCCCCCUACCCUGGAUACCUCAUCAAACGACAAACAGAGGAUGUGCAGAUGCUUUUGCGCUUUGGGGCCGACCCUACCCUGCUGGAUAGACAGUCCCGCUCUGCCAUGGAUGUCCUCAAGAGGAAUAAGAACUUCAAGGCCAUUGAGAAAAUCAACAGUCACUUGGCGAAGCUGGCCGCAUGUUCUAAGGACCUAUCAGGACUGAACAAUGGUGAUGGACCUGUUAGUGAGACCGACAUUUUCCGGAAGGCCUCUGAGCAGCUGGUGAAGUACAUGAACUCAGGAAACCGGCUACUGCAUAAAAACUUUCUGAAGCAAGAAGUAGUUCAGAGGUUCUUGCGCCUUCUUUCUUCUCUGCAAGAAAUUCCUCCUGACCUGGUCUGUGACAUUAACCGUGAUUGCGCCAACACCUUCAUCAAGUUUUUACUGGAGAAACAGAAAUGGCCGGAAGUGCUUCUGUUGCUGACCCGCAAAGUAAGUGGGGAGCCACCGCUGGGAGACUGCCUCAUCAAAGGCUGCAACUUCUCAGACCUUGACCUCUGCACUGUCAUCCCCCGCCUCAGCACCUGGGACCCUCGGAGGUUGCAGCUCAUGGGCUGCCUCAUUGACAGUGGAGCCUUGCCUGAGGGUCUCCACGACAGUCAGGAGACACCAAUUGUCACGUGCCUGAAACAUGAAGACUUCGAGCUGGCGUUUCUUCUCUUGACCAAGGGUGCAGACCCCCGCAGAAUCUCCCUCACAGAGGGUGAUACUCCUUUGCAUGCAGCACUCCACAUCUUUUUGGACAUUAAAGCUGACAUCGGUUUUAACUUCCUUAGCCACCUGUUGGAUCUCUUCUGGUCCAACCCCACUGAAUUUUGCUACCUCAACCCCAACAGCCAGGACAGCAACGGGAACACGCUGAUGCAUAUCAUCUUCCAGAAGGGCAUGCUGAAGCGCAUGAAGAAGCUGAUAGACCUGCUGGUGAAGUUCGACAUCAACUUCAACUUGAAGAACAAAGAAGGCAAAGACGCAAGGCACCGGAUCAAGAAGAACGAUGCUCUGCUCUUGGCCUGGAACAAAGCUCUGAUGGAGAGCAAACGGAGGAACCGGCAGGACCCUGCUGCCCACCCAGGGAAGCUCCCGAGGCCCACUGCCCCUGGCCACACAUCUCAGCUCAAGUCCCAGGGUUCAUCCAAGUCACUGCCGUGUAGCAUCCCUGCCAGGGCCCUGCCUGAAGGAGCCGUGGCCCCCGACAGCUGGGAGGCUCUCCCGGAUGUGGAGGAGAUGAGGGAGGAGCCUGUAGCUGUCAGGCCCUGCUCUCUGAGAGACCGCCUGGUACAGGACAUCACGGAUUUAAUUCAGCAGGUUGAAUUGGAUACAUCCCUCCCCGAGGACUGUCCUCAGGACUCUGAGCCUCUUCAGACGGGUGUUGGAACCGAAGUAAAGAAAGAUGAGCUCCAGCGAGCCCUGGGGGCUCAAAGCUCUGACUCAAGUGGGAACCAGCACAGUGUCCUUGAGGCAGGGGGGGCACGUGCGCAGGCAGGCCUCGAGGCCUCACAGCUCAUUCCUGCUGGCCACAGAGGGAGCGAGGGCAGAGAUGAUCUGGACAGCUGGAACACGCAGGAUAUCGAGGCCUGCCUCCAGGACUUCGAGAACAUGACAUGGGAGAUUGAGUGCACCUCAGAAAUGCUGAAAAAGCUGUCUAGUAAGGUCAUGACAAAGGUCAUGAAGAAAAAAAUCAUCCUAGCUAUUCAGCAGCUGGGGAAUGGCGAGUGGACGCAGGGGCUGCAGAAGCGGCUGAAGCACCUGAAGGGAAGCAUCCAGCUCUUCGAGGCCAAGCUGGACAAGGGGGCCCGCAUGCUGUGGGAGCUGGCCAUUGACUUCUCCCCUCGGUGCAGUGAGAACCCGGAGAAGAUCAUCGCUGCCGCAGAGCGGAACCUGCACAGCCCGGAGAAGUCGGGUCGGGUCUACACAGAAAUCAUCCGGAUCUGGGACAUCGUCUUGGACCACUGCAAGCUGUCGGACUCCAUCAGGGCCAUCUGUAGUGCCUACAACCGGGGCCUGUCCUGUGUCCUGCGGAAGAAGCUGAAGGGCAUCCACCAAGGCCAGCUGUCAGCCAACGUGAAGAUCCAAAAGCGCAUACCUCGCUUCUACGUGGAGGACAUGGAGGCUGAGAAGAACCAGGAGCACGUGAACCCGGAGUAUUUCCCUCCAGCCAGCGCCGUGGAGACGGAGUAUAACAUCAUGAAGUUCCACAGCUUCAGUAAUAGCAUGGCCUCCAACAUCCUCAACGACACAACAGCGACGGUGGAGUACCCCUUCAGGGUGGGUGAGCUAGAGUAUGCCGUGAUUGACCUCAACCCCAGGCCGCUGGAGCCCAUCAUCCUCAUUGGGCGGAGUGGCACUGGGAAGACCACCUGCUGCUUGUACAGGCUGUGGAAGAAAUUCCACAGUUACUGGGAGAAGGCUGAGCAGGCAGGAAGCCCGCUGCUGGCCAAGCAGAUAUGGCUGAAGAGAAGGCUGGAAGUGGAGUCCGGAAAGGAAGGUCCCCGUACGGAAGAAGUGGACAAGGAGGAGGAAGUGGAGGAGGAGGAAGAGGAAGGUUCCAUGGAAGUGGAAACAGUGGACAGCAUAGAUGAGGAUCAGGAUAGUGAAGCCUGUGCAGGGGGACCCAGUGGAGAGCCGGGGGAGCCCGGGCAGGCAGCCGAAGUGUGUGCUGCGGAGCAACCCCACCAGCUGGAGCAUUUACAUCAGAUCUUCGUGACCAAGAACCACGUCCUGUGUCAGGAGGUGCAGAGGAAUUUCAUCGAGCUUUCCAAGUCUACCAAGGCCACCAGUCACUACAAACCACUGGAACCCAAUGUCCACAAACUUCAGGACUUAAGGGACGAGAACUUUCCUCUCUUUGUCACUUCCAAGCAGCUGCUUCUCCUGCUUGACGCUUCUCUGCCCAAACCAUUUUUUCUGAGAAAUGAAGAUGGCAGCUUGAAAAGAGCCAUCGUGGGGUGGUCCACACAGGAAGAGUUGACCAUUCCCAACUGGCAGGAGGAUGAGGAGGAAACCGAGGCUGAUGGGGACAAUGGUGAGGAGGAUAAAGCUCCAGAAACACGUAUGUGUGAGAGUGACCCCCGGGUGUAUGUGACAUUUGAGGUAUUUGCCAAUGAAAUAUGGCCAAAAAUGAUCAAAGGGAAAACCUCCUACAACCCCGCGCUGAUUUGGAAAGAAAUAAAAUCUUUUCUGAAGGGGUCUUUUGAGGCCCUCAGUUGCCCCCAGGGGUGGCUCACAGAAGAAGCGUAUAAGAAAUUAGGGAGGAAGCGGUCCCCCAAUUUCAAGGAAGACCGGAGCGAGAUCUACAGUCUCUUCUGCCUGUACCAGCAGAUCAGGUCUCAGAAAGGUUAUUUUGAUGAAGAAGAUGUUCUGUAUAACCUGUCCCGGAGGCUUUCGAAGCUCAAGGUGCUCCCGUGGUCCAUCCAUGAACUCUAUGGCGAUGAGAUUCAGGACUUCACCCAAGCCGAGCUGACACUGCUAAUGAAAUGUAUCAAUGACCCCAAUGCCAUGUUCCUCACGGGAGACACGGCCCAGAGCAUCAUGAAGGGCGUGGCCUUCCGCUUCAGCGACCUGCGCUCUCUGUUCCACUACGCCAGCCGAAACACUGUGGACAAGCAGUGUGCCGUCCGGAAGCCCAAGAAGAUCCACCAGCUGUACCAGAAUUACAGGUCCCAUUCGGGAAUCCUCAAUCUGGCAUCUGGGGUGGUGGAUUUACUUCAGUUUUAUUUCCCGGAAUCUUUUGAUCGCCUCCCCAGGGAUUCUGGCCUCUUUGAUGGUCCCAAACCAACAGUCCUGGAGUCUUGCAGUGUUAGUGACUUGGCAAUUUUGCUACGAGGGAACAAAAGGAAAACCCAGCCUAUUGAAUUCGGAGCCCACCAGGUAAUCCUUGUAGCUAAUGAAAUGGCAAAAGAGAAAAUUCCAGAAGAGCUGGGGUUAGCCCUUGUGCUAACCGUGUAUGAAGCAAAAGGUUUAGAAUUUGACGAUGUCCUCCUUUACAACUUUUUCACUGACUCUGAGGCUUACAAGGAGUGGAAGAUCAUUUCUUCUUUUACGCCUUCAUCAUCUGACCCCAGACAGGAAAACCGACCACUGAUUGAAGUGCCCUUGGAUAAACCCAGCUCCUCCCAGGGUCGGUCUCUCAUGGUGAAUCCAGAAAUGUACAAGCUCCUCAAUGGAGAGCUGAAGCAGCUAUACACUGCUAUUACACGGGCCCGGGUUAACCUCUGGAUCUUUGAUGAAAACCCAGAGAAGCGGGCUCCCGCUUUCAAAUAUUUCAUGAGAAGAAAUUUUGUCCAAGUUGUAAAGACAGAUGAAAAUAAAGACUUGGAUGACAGCAUGUUUGUUAAGACAUCCACACCUGAGGAGUGGAUCGCGCAAGGAGAGUAUUAUGCUAAGCACCAGUGCUGGAAGGUCGCAGCCAAGUGUUACCAAAAAGGAGGUGCAUUUGAGAAGGAGAAGCUGGCGCUGGCCCACAACACUGCCCUGAACAUGAAAUCCAAGAAAGUCAGCCCCAAGGAGAAGCAGGUGGAAUACUUGGAACUGGCCAAGACCUAUCUGGAAUGCAAGGAGCCAAAGCUGUCUCUUAAGUGCCUGAGCUACGCCAAGGAGUUCCAGCUGUCCGCCCAGCUGUGUGAGAGGCUGGGGAAGAUAAGAGAUGCUGCCUGCUUCUAUAAGCGAAGCCAGUGCUACAAAGAUGCUUUCAGAUGCUUUGAGCAGAUUCAGGAAUUCGAUCUAGCACUUAAAAUGUACUGCCAAGAGGAGCUCUUUGAAGAAGCUGCUAUCGCAGUGGAAAAGUAUGAAGAAAUGCUAAGGGCCAAGACCCUUCCCAUAUCCAAGCUGUCUUAUUCUGCCAGUCAGUUUUACCUGGAAGCGGCAGCAAAGUACCUGAGUGCAAAUAAGAUCAAGGAGAUGAUGGCUGUCCUCUCGAAGCUAGACACAGAAGACCAGCUGGUGUUCCUGAAGUCUCGCGGACGGCUGGCAGAAGCUGCAGACCUGCUGAACAGGGAGGGUCGGAGAGAAGAGGCUGCCUUGCUGAUGAAACAACAUGGCUGCCUGUUGGAGGCCGCCAGGCUCACUGCCGACAAGGACUUCCAGGCCUCCUGUCUGCUGGGGGCUGCCCGCCUCAAUGUGGCCAGGGAUUCAGAUGUAGAGCACACCAAGGCCAUUCUGAGAGAAGCCCUUGACCUCUGCUAUCAAACCAAUCAGUUGUCUGGCAUCGCUGAGGCCCAGUUCCUCCAGGGUGUAAUCCUGAGAGACUUUCAAAAGCUCAAGGAUGCCUUCUUCAAGUUUGACACACUCAAUCACUCAGCUGGAGUGGUAGAGGCGCUCUACGAAGCUGCCAGCCAGUGUGAGGCCGAGGCUGAGAAGGUCCUGGCCCUGGCUCCGGGAGGCCUAGAAGUCCUCCUCAAUCUUGUCAGGGCCCUCAAAAGAGUGACCAACAACGCCGAGAAGGAGAUGGUCAAGUCUUGCUUUGAGUUUUUUGGAAUUUCUCAGGUGGAUGCCAAGUAUUGCCAGAUAGCUCAGAACGACCCUGGACCCAUAUUAAAAAUAAUUUUUGACCUGGAUUUGAACUUGAGGGAAAAGAAAACUAAAGACUAUUUCUUGAUAAUGACUGACCAAGUGAAAUUAGCCCUCAACAAACACCUUUUGGGCAGGCUGUGUCAGAUCACACAGAGCCUGCUUGGGAAGACCUACCCAGGGGUCUGCAUGAGGUUUAUUGUAGGCUUGAAAUGUGAAGAUGAAAACUGUAAAGAUUUCCACAGGCCUCUGCGGCGUUGUGAGGCCAAGUGUUUGGUUCAGUCAAAAAUGCACCUGGUGGCCAUCAGUGGGUUGUUUUUGGAAGCCAAAAAAGUCUUCCCUAAAAUCUUAGCAGAAGAACUUGAAGAAAUUAGUUAUAUUUUGCCUACAGAUAUGUAUGGCCUUUGUAAAUCCUUCCUGAAUGUCCUCUUCCCUAAGCAUUUCCAUCAGAGAGUAUUGUCAGAAAACCCUAUGGCGUGCAAAGAAAUCCUCAAACCAAAUUACAAAUCCUUUCGGUCCUGCAGAUCUGCUCUGAAAGAGUACAUCCAUUUCCUGUUUCAAAACGAAAGGGCACGAAGCCGCCGGGAGUCCACAGACUUGUGGCUGAGUGCCAUGCAGGCUUUCCUUGUCUCCUCCAACUAUCCAGAGGAGUUUGAAAAGCUUCUCCACCAGGAGGAGGACAACUACAACAGGGAACUCAAAGCUCUAGAGGCUGAAAAAGAGGAAAGGGGCAGGGGGAGAGGCAGCAAGAUGAAGGGAAUAGAAGGAAAAUUCGGCAUGUUGGCACCCAACAAGGACGAUGAGAAUACUGAGAAGACCCACCUUUGCUUCAUUCGGCUGCUGGAGAACUGCAUUGACCAGUUCUAUGUAUACAGGAACCCAGAAGACUACAAGAGGCUCUUUUUCCGCUUCAUGAAUGUCCUGGUCAAGAGGUGCAAAGAACCGCUCAUCCCCAGCAUCGGGAACACGGUGGCCCUGUUGGAGUUCCAAUUUGUCCACUGUGCGGUGGUCCUGGCCCGCCUCUGGAAGAAUGCCAUCCUGUGCCUCCCCAAGAGCUACAUUGCGCUCUUGCACUACUGGGAGUUCCUGUUCAGCAAGAAGGAAAGGGAGCUCGGGGACGUGUUCUCCAUCAUUCAAGAAUACAAACCCAAGGAUGUGACAAGAGCCAUUCAGGAUUUCCGGUUCCACCUCUCCUACCUCGUCAAGGUGCUCUGUGGCUAUGAGAAUGUGAACUUCAAUGUCUUGCUCGAUGCCUUUGGUGAGAUAGACUAUGUGGUGUCUGGAGAGGCAGAGCGGACCCUGGUGCUGUGCCUGGUGAUGCUGGUGAAUGCCGAGGAGCUUCUGCAGCCGUACUGCAAACGUCUUCUGUACCGCCACUUCCAGGAGAUCCAGACGAGGCUGCAGCUGAUGAGCAUGGACCGCCCGGACCAGGUUCCUGAGAGGCUCCUGAAGGUGGUCAAGCGGGUGCUAACGGCGGUCAACGUGAAGUCUGUGGCUGAGGCACUGCAGGACCUGCUCUCUGAACGGGACGAAGAGUAUCUCAUGGACUGCCACUGGCGGUGGGACAGCGUGCAUGCCAAGGGGUCCGUGGUACGCGGCCUCUAUCACGAGGAGGUGAAACUGAGCCGCCUGCUCUGUGUGGACUCCGUGGACUACUUUGCUGAGCCAGAGUGUGAGUUCGGUCAGGAUGAGACGGAUGAGCUGGCCUCGGAAGACCGGGACCGCCUCCUUGCUGCCAUCCUUUCCCAGAAGCAACGGAAGGCUUCCAUCCAGAGGAAGCUGAGGAGGGCCUGCCUGGUGGUGUCCCUGUGCAUCAGCUGGAGGAGAAGGGUGAGUGCACAGGCCGAGUGCUUCCGGGAGGAGACCAGGGAGCCUGGGGCCGGGAACUUCAAGAAGGCCGACGUCGACAGGACCCAGUGCGACCUGUGUGGGGUGAAGUUCACCCGAGGUCCGGACAACUAUUUCAGCCCUGGGAAGGCAUUUGAGGGAGAGGCUUCAGAGGUGGUGGCCAUUUCCGGGGCCGAGCUGGGAGACCCAGAGGGUCGGGAGAGGAAUAGUGAGUCUUAUGAGCAGCACAUCCACCUAGAAGGUCAUCAGAGGCAGCAGGUGGCCUACCAGAAGUAUUCCGAAUUUUUCCGGGAGAAGGUGGACCCGGCCAUUGUUGAAGGCAAGCUGGUGGUACAGGACAUUGAGCAGAGCAUGUGGAUCCGCAGUCACUUGGGCUCCAAAGAGCACAGUCACAUGCUGCAGAGGAAGGUCCAGGAGAACAUCAAGAAGGUUUCUGAUACGGUGGAGGACCUCUACAGGCGCAAGGCCUGGGCUGGCGCAGAGGAAGUGAUGGCUCGGCUGGUCAAUGUUCUGAUCCCUUCAGUCAGGGAUGCACGGGAGUGGCUGAUGAAGACAGAACUCCGCUUAAAGGAGGAAGGUAUUGUUCAGGAAGAUGAUUAUGAAAAUGAAGUGGAAGACUUUGGUGAGCUCCGUCCUCGAAGGCGACCGCGGAAAUGUGGAAAGCAGAGAAAAUACUAACGUCUGCACAGUUGCUGCCUCUUAAGCCUUCAGAACAUUCCAUCUUGACUUAGAAUUCUGAGUGCUGGGGCAGAUGAGAAAAGGAAUGUAAAUUAGUUUAAAAAAGUAGGGGAGUCUAGCAACACUUUUGAUUUUUUGUUCUCGUUAUUUCUCUCACUGGUGGCUUUGAUCUGAUCACUCUCUCUCCUGUAAGUCUAGCAGUGUUCUCCCUAGAAUUUGUUCAGAUGAGAGGAGUCAUAGUGGAAAUCACCUUGGGAUGCCUCACCCCAAAGUUCUGAGGUUCUCUGGUGCAUCACCAUUGUGAUGUGAGUCAUCAGCAAGGGACACCCCUCACCUCAGAGUUGGCGCUGCUCUGGGCUGGGAGAUCCCUCCUCGGAUUCCCUCAUCUCCUUUCACACAGCUGCAGCGUCAAGUAGUUUAAGAGCUGCGUGUGCCCAGGGUCCCUGUGGGCCCAACGCUGGCCACUUGUGACCCCUGCCACACCCUCUGGUCAUCUGUGAACCUACUUGUAGCAAGAGCAAGGUCCCUUCUGUUAUGUGUAUUAGCCCCUUCUGUCUGUGCGUCUUUUCUGCCCUCCUUCUCCCCAUUUUUUGGUGAUAAUUUUCAGCUCCCUGUGCAAGUCACGGUUAGACUACCUCAGAAUGUAGUCCAGAGCUCCUCCUGCAUCCUGUGGGCGGGAGCCUCGGGACUUCUGCCCUAGGAGGCAAGCCUGGGGAAUGUUGUGGGGGUUGGGGGGGGGUUCCCAGCCUGCCUCUCCAAGGUGGUCCUAACUCUGCCUUGGCUAUGGUGCAGACAUUCCAAAAUGUGUUUGUAUGUGGCCCUAUGUGUGUCUCUUUUUCUUGACUGAAGGAGGCUACUGCUUCAGCCCCAGCCCCCACUGAGCCAGCGGCCAUCAGUGUGGUCCCAUUCUUGAGGCCUUUAUGCUGCUCCUGGUUACUGCCACCCCCUCCCCUGCCCCCCAGCUCAGCCUGCUGGGACAGCUUGGGUUAUGUUGGUCCUUCAUUGCUCUGUCUGCACAAUGGAGCCAACCUUCUCCCCAUAUUGCUGCUGCUUUUGCUGCUUAUUGUUUUCCCUUUAUUGUCUUUCUAAAUGACUCUAUUUCCUUGUUUCUAAUUUUUAUUAGGUUAUGUUUCUAAUUUUUAUUCCGGGUGUUUUUUAUAAACUUCACUUGCCAGAAAAAAAAGGAAAAAACCCCAAUCAACUCUUACUGUAUUAUCACAUUUUUAUAAAGUUAAAUUGUUUCUCUUA